UGGAGCUGGUGGCUGGAAGAGAAAGAAAUGUGAAGCUGCUCUGGUGCUGGAUCUUUCAGAGGAGAGAAAGCUGGGGGAAACAGCAACAAGGACACGUUUUGUAACAGUGGCGGUUACAAAGGGAGUUACACCCAGCUGACAUGUGGAGUUUUAAGCAGAGAAGACAGUCCCACAUUUCAAACUCAAAAGCAGCAGCUUGUGAUGCCACCUCGGAAUCAACAGAGGAACGUAAAGGAUCAUGGUAUACAACUGCAGCAACCCAAGGAUUUGGUAUUACUAAGUGGGGAUCCCAGGUGCAAUUGUCCCCAGAAACUGAAAGUUUGGAGAAGGAAGAUGAAGAGGAACAAAUCCCCACUUUGUUUCCAUUCACUCCUGCCUUUUCUCCCAGAGCUGCUGCACCUUCAUCAGUGCUGAAUAUUAAUGUCGGUGGGCGCAGCUACCGCCUCACUUACCAAGCAGUGGCCAUCUACCCAACAACGCGGCUGGGCCGCUUGGCCACUUCCACUGACCGCAGCUGCCAGCUAGGCCUGUGUGAUGACUAUGCAGUUCAAGGUGAUGAAUAUUUCUUCGAUCGCGAUCCUGCUGUCUUCCAGCUAGUUUACAACUUCUACGCUUCAGGGGUGCUAGGGGUGCAGGAUGAACUGUGCCCCUUUAGCUUCUUGGAAGAGUUGAGUUACUGGGGGAUUAUGCUCAAGUACACACCACGGUGCUGCCGAAUUUGCUUUGAGGAGAGAUGUGACGAGCUGAACGAGCAGUUGAAAGUGCAGCAGGAGCUGCAGGCCCAAGCUGCCGUCCAGGAAAGCGAGCAUCUCUUCUGCCACAUGCGCUAUGCAGAACAGCGCUGGCGCCUUUGGAACCUCAUGGAAAAACCCUUCUCCUCUACAAUGGCAAAGGCCAUGGGGGUGGCCUCCAGUUUCUUUGUCCUCAUCUCAGUGGUAGCCCUGGCUCUCAACACUGUAGAGGAGAUGCAGCACAAGGACCAGGGCACUGGAGAGAUCCAUCCCAUGCUAGAACAUGUGGAGACGUUCUGCAUUGCCUUCUUCACAUUGGAAUAUGUGCUGCGGCUGAUCUCUGCUCCAGACAUACGCCGCUUUGCUAGUAGCACACUCAAUGUUGUGGACCUCAUUGCAAUAUUGCCCCUCUACCUCCAGCUAGUGUUGGAACGUUUUGUUGAUGAGGAUCAGCCUCAUGGCCAAGGCUCGCAGCAUGAGCAAGACAUUGAGAAGGUGGGGCGAGUGGGAAAGGUAGGGCAGGUGCUACGCAUCAUGCGGCUUAUGCGCAUUUUCCGCAUUCUCAAGUUGGCUCGCCACUCUACAGGGUUACGAGCCUUUGGCUUCACUUUGCGCCAGUGCUACCAGCAGGUGGGCUGCCUCUUGCUCUUCAUUGCCCUGGGAAUUUUUGCCUUCUCUGCCAUGGUCUAUACGGUGGAGCAUGAUGUUUCCAGCACAAACUUCACCAGCAUCCCACAUGCCUGGUGGUGGGCUGCCGUAAGCAUUUCUACAGUGGGCUAUGGAGAUAUGUGCCCAGAAACCCAGCUGGGGCGACUGUUUACCUUCUUUUGCAUUGCUUUUGGAAUAAUUCUGAAUGGAAUGCCCAUCUCUGUCCUCUACAAUAAGUUCUCAGACUAUUACAUCAAGCUGAAAGCUUAUGAAUAUACAGCUAUACGGAAGGAUAGAGGGAAAGUAGAUUUUGCUCGGAGAGCCAUGAGGAAAAUGUCAGAGUGCUGUGGAAACAGGUCAACCUGAUUACCAAGACACAGAUGCAGUUAAAAUCCUAUUCAAUGAACAGGUCUGGAGAGGGGGAGGCAUAAGGAAUCAGUCAUGUCAAUUCAAGGGGUCACGUGGCUAAAAAGAGUGGCCAUACCUGGACAUUAUAUCAUGUUUAUCUUCUUUGUCAUUUCUGCUGAUGGUGUUCCAGCUGACAACACUGCCAAUGGAAUUAUUUACUGGAAUCAUGUAUCCGGCUGUGGAUUCUAAUAAGGAUCUUUUGGGAUACAGCUUGCAUCUGUCCUGCAAGUGCAACUCUAUUAUAGUCAAACACUGUUGGGAUACAGCUUGUGUCUGUCCUGCAAGUUCAACUCUCUAUUAUAGUCAAACACAAUAAUUUAUUUUCUGUAUACUGCCAUAUUUACUGCCAUAAUUGUCGGCUUUCAGGAAGCCUAAUAGUAUCUUGAAUCUGAAAUUCGCAAUAGUCUGGAAACUUCUGAGAGGAGAAUUUCAAAAGCAUCCAACACUUUUGGGCUCCGCAGAUACCAACAUUUAAGAUACUGCCUGAAAUUUGGUUUUUGAAAAAUAACUGAGAAAAUGCA